CCGGGGGCCUCAGGCUGGAAGACACCGACAGAGCUGUUGGAACCUGGCCCUCGGUGUGUUUUUUCUCAGCUCCACUUCGAAGCCAAGUUGGAUCAAGCCCACGCGAAGAUGGGUCAAGAUGAUGCAGCGACAACCCACAGUGGAGAUCGCGCAACCCACAGUGCCCGAAGGUUUUAAGGCAGGGGACCGGCUUCAAGCCACUUUUCCCAAUGGGGAAAGCAUCAUGAUUUCCAUUCCAGAGGGUGCCGCACCCUUCGACGGGCUCUGGAUCGAAGUGAGGCGUGGCCGCUGGGUACCGGCACGUGCCGCGAAGUGGCUUUUCAAAAGUCUUCUCUUUACAUUAGGCUGUGGCCUUGUUUUUGCUGGAUUUGGCCUGAUGAGAUGCCCAAUUCAUUGGUUGCUCUGGGUUCUUUGUUGCCUUCUGACCUGCUGUUUCUGCCUUUGUGCGCACACAAAUGGCGGGAAAGCUUGCAACAUAUUUGCAACAUGGACAUGCCUUGGUUGUCCCAUUCUCGGACUUUUAGCACUGGUGCGUCAGCUGUUUCUCUGCGACCCCGAGCACGACAUGGGCAUUGACGAUGGGCCGUACCUGGCGAUCCCCAAGGACUAUGCAUACUAUGUGAUAUACGGCAUUCUUUGUCCAAUGCUGAUUUGUUGCUGCGUUGGCACCUUUUCCCUCUUCGCUUGCGCAUGGCGGAGAAGAAGCGAACUGGAACUGGCAGCUUCAAUGCCUGCUAUUAAGCGCGGUGCGGGCAAGAUCGAGGAGUAUGCAAACAAGUUCAAGAAUAUGAACCAGAACCAUAAUGAUUUUGAAGGCUCCUUUGACUAUGCAUACGGGAGUCAACCCGAAAUCUACAUCGAGAAGUUUGGCGUGGAGACCUUUGAGGGUCAAGCCAAUGACCUCUUAGGUGUGGCCUCCUGCAUCGACAAGUAUGACAACCUUUAUGACUUUGAUGGCAACUUUCAAGGAUGCCGCUUAGGAAUCUUUUGUCGAGUGUAUCACCUACCGCCGAUCAAGUACAUGGUGAGAGAUGGCAGAGAAAAGUUUGAAGAAGCUGCCGAAGAGCUCCAACCAGUGGCCAGGAAGGUCAAAGAAUAUGUGGACAAGAUGCGACGGGAAGGAUUUGGAGCCAAUUUUGAAGGCAAAUUCUGGAAUCUGGAAGGGGAGUAUGCCAUCAACAGCGCAUGGAAGGACACAGAAGCCUUUGAACGUAAAGCCCAUCGUCUGCUCUUGAGCUACCACAAGGUCGAGGAAUAUGCCGACAAGAUGAGACGCGAAGGAUUGGGAGAAGAUUUUGAAGGCUGCUUUCAGAAGCUAGAAGGGGAGUAUGCCAUCAACAGCGCGUGGAACAAUACGGAUGACUUCGAAACCAAAGCCGAUCGUGUCCUUUUGAGCUACCAAGGGGCCAGAGAAUUCUUGGAACCGGCCCGACGUUGGGAAGACAUGGGGGAACUCCGAGACAUUUUUAGGCAAAAACUGGGGAGAUCACCAGAAAAAGUUAUCCAUGAUGACAUUUGUGGCACCCCCUUUGUGUGGCAGGGCUCAGCUUUGACCUCCGAUUUUGUGAAGGUUUUUGCGGCAGACUUACACAGAAAAAGGCAGGGGUCGAAAAAUGCUCUGGAGUUCUACGAACUACUCGAAGAAAGAUUGGACGGUUUUUCCGAAGCGUUUCGCGCCAAAGUUUGCAAAGAUGGAGCCAAAACAUUCAUCCAUCGCCAUGAGCUGGACAAUGCAAGCUUCUCAGUUGCACUCGCCAAGGCCUUUGGUCCAAUCCACCUGUGGAACAAAACAACAUUUCUGAGAUACAAACCCAGGGUCUUGGAAGACUGAGAAGCCGCUGCUCUCCACUUAUGGCUUCGAAGCACGCCCUCCAACCCCCGACCAGUGCACCUGUAGGGGCUCUGGGGGGGGGUGCGAUUUUAUGUGGUGUGAAAUGGCCACAGACUUUCGCCCCACCAGCCGCAUCAACCGGUCAAUGCAUGUGGGGCCGCAGUGGGGCCGCUGGCAAAGCCAUGGGGGUUCCCAGGAUUUUCCAGGAUGUGGCUGGCUCCGUGGGCCGUGGGCAAGUCGUUUUUUUAUUACUUUUGCCCUUCUUUUUAAAUAGUUAAAACGGAGCGGAGACGCGAAGAAUCAGGAGGAAAAGACCAGUCCCUGCUCUGUCUUUUUGUGGCCGAU